AUGGGGAAGCUGGACGGCGGGGGAAUGUUGACUUCGUUAAUCCUGCUCACAACUCUUUUUGCAACAUGCUACAGUCAGAGUGUCCCGGUCAUUAAUAUGUCUUCGGUGGAACUAAGGGAAGAUCUUAAAAAAGGUGACUUUGCAUUUAAAAUCAGUGCAUAUGAUCUAGACGGUGAUCCAUUGACCUAUGAGAUCGUCGACAAAAACAGUCACUUUAGGGUGUCUAUAGAUACUGGUGACGUGUUCAUCGAAAAUCCACUUGAUCGAGAGACUACAGACAACUUUCCGGCAAAUGUUUCUGUUAGCGAUGGAAUACAUAAUCCGACCAGAAAAACAAUUAUAAUUGUGGUGCUGGACGCAAAUGACAAUGCACCAAAAUUCGUAAAUGAGCCGUACAACGUGAAACUGAAUGAGGACACUCCCAUCGGCACUACGGUGCUGAAAGUGACAGCGACAGACCCUGAUUAUGGACAAGCCGGGAUAGUCUAUUACAGUAUCGAUCAGUCCAACCCAAUUGAAGGAUUCGACGUGUUCUCUAUCGCAAGAAUAGGAGGAAACAUUGUGUUGAACCAGGCACUUGAUUUUACGGAGAAGAGCAAAUUUUAUCAGCUACAGAUCAAUGCCACUGAUGGCGGUGGUCCUCUUGACAACAAUCCGAACUAUGUUCAGUCAUCCAUCGGCAAUGCCUACUUCACAGUAGUUGAUGUAUCAAACCGUGACCCUGAGUUUGUAAAUCUCCCAGCCACAGCUAACGUAAAGGAGAACUCGGCUGCCGGGAAAUCUGUGUAUCAGGUUCGGGCCAGAGAUCCAGACACAGGGAUCAACAACAAAAUCAGUUACAGCAUUCAAGAUGUCAAUGUAAACGGUCUGUUCGAAAUAAAUCCAGAUAAUGGCAUUGUUACUGUCAUGGCCGACAUUGACCGAGAGGCCAUGCUAGACAUUGAUGCUGCUGUGCUGCUUACUGUGAAGGCUACUGAAUCUAACUUGGAUGUGAAUGGGGUCUAUGCGAGUGCCACAGCUAUUCUCACUAUCCAGAUCGAGGAUGAGAAUGACAAUCCGCCACUGUUUUACACGUGCGAUGAGAAGGCUUGCACACAGACCGACGUCUUCAGCGCCGAAGUGGACGAGCACACGGCCACCGGUCUGUCCAUCACAGGACUAAACAUGAGGGUCAAAGAUAGAGAUGCGGGUGAGAACAGCCGUUUCCUGCUCAGCCUUGAGGGAUCAGCUAAGGAUUUGUUUUCUGUCUCACCCACAACUGACAUGUCGGACCGAGCUGUGCAGAUUCUGGUCAAAAACCCAACUGAUAUCGACUAUGAGAGAAAUAAAACCUUGAUCGUACAGGUGGUGGCCAAGGAUGCCGGAAGACCAGAUUUUGUCAACACAGCUACAGUCACCAUUAAAGUCAACGACAUCAAUGAUAACUUCCCCAUAUUCGCAGAAGAUGUUUAUAACUUAUUUGCCCCAGAGCACUGUGAAAAUGGCCUCAUCUUGGAAACCAUUACGGCAACAGACGCUGAUGAGCUGGACAAUGACCACCUUACCUACAAACUGAUGCCUGACAGCUUACUCGAGAUAUUUGAUGUUUUCCCUAAAAACGGGACUGUUUAUGUGAAAAACGGAAACAAGCUGGAUCGCGAGCGCAAGAACUCGUACCCUGCGACGCUGCAGGCCCGAGACUUAGCAGGGAACGUGGGCUCCACCGUGCUGGAGAUCACCAUUAAGGACAUUAACGACGAGGCGCCGCAGUUUUUCAGAGACAAAUACGAGUACUUUAUUCGUGAGAACGAAGUACUGAAGGCUCAAGUGGAGGCUCGAGACGAUGAUGAGCCAGGCACUCCCAACAGCCAAAUCAAGUACGGCAUUGAACCUGAUAAUUACAGUGAUAACUUCACUAUCAAUGAGGACACCGGGUUUAUAAAGAGCAACGGCCCUCUGGACCGCGAAGCCAUCGAUAGCAAACUGGAAGGAAAGAUUACACUGAACGUGACAGCCACAGACAUGGGCACGCCACCUCUGUCUUCUAUGGUCAACGUCAUCAUUUAUGUCGAGGAUGUAAAUGACAAUACUCCCGUGUUCCUGCAAUCAGAAUACACCUUUCAUGUAAAUGAAAGCGAAAGAGGCGCAACUGUGGGUUAUGUGUAUGCGACCGAUGCCGAUCAAACCAUUAACAACAACCGCAUAUCCUUCAGCAUUAAAAACAUCCUCUUCCUGUGCGUGUCUGAGCCUGAUGGAGAAGACUACCGAGGUAAGGUCAUGGUGGAUCCAGAUGCAGAGUUGGACUUUGAGGCUGUAGUGGAAUACACGAUCAUAGUUGAGGCCACAGACAUGGGAGGGAAGACCGCUACGUGCACGGUGAAUAUAGUGGUGGAAGACGUAAACGACACGCCGCCUGUUUUCCCUCCUGGUAUAACAAUGAAGGUGGAGGAGAACACACCAGCGGGGAAGGAAAUCGGAAAAAUUGACGGGAACGACAAGGACACGAACGCCUUGCUGGUCUAUGAGCGUGUUUCCAGUUUGUGCUUUUACAACAGUACAUGGGCUCCAUGUAUAGAGGAAUGGUUCGAUGUGAAGAGUGAUGGCAGUGUGAUCACUGCAAAGGACGUAACUAUCGAUUACGAAGAGUGCACUCAGGUGAAAAUGACGGCUCGGGUCGUGGACCUUAACACGCAGAAGGGGAUGAACAGCACCGAUGGUGUUAUCACAAUUGAUAUAAUAGACUUAAAUGACAACGCACCCGUGUUCAUCCCUGUCCAGGACUUUUUUGUCCUGAUUGCUGAGAACACCGAGGAAGGCAAGAGUGUGGCCCGAGUGCUUGCUAUGGACAGAGAUUCAGGAGAGAAUCAGAAAAUUGAAUUUGAAGUCGUAUAUGUGGAAUUCGUCAGCACCAACACGGACGAAAAGCCGCAGCAGACAGACCUAAUUUUUUCUGCCGAGACUGAGCAGCCUGAUACUGAGAACCGCUACGGGGGAAUAAUCAGGUCUAAGAAUAUCCUGCAAGCUGAUAAAGAGGGGAAGUACUUGGUGACAGUAACGGCGAAGAAUGUCAUUCUCAGUACAAACGAAACACUUCAGAUCAUCACGGUGGACAAGUCUUACAAGGUCAGCCUCCGAUUUGAUUCGUCAAUAAUUGAAGUCAACAAUAAUCUGGAGGACAUCAGAUACACCCUGGCGGGAGCCACGAAAGCGAUGGUGCAUGUCGUUAAACUGACACCAGAAACAAGUCGCAUAACACAGAGGAAGGUGAUAACCCUUCUAGAGGUGUACUUCGUAUUCCCGAAUGGGACAGCUCUCAACUCCGAAGCUGUGGGAAAGAUCCUGAACUCGCAGGCCGUGUAUGAAGAGUACGGUUACACCUUGCAGCAGUUCGGUCUCGCCGGCAUUUCCGGAAACAUACCGGUAGAGAAAACAAACAACACAGUGUUGUUUAUCAUGGUGGGACUCGUGGCAGGGCUCGUGAUCGUCCUGAUCGUAACCACAACGUCGAUGGUGUGCAUAAGGAAAAAAUACAAGACAAAGCUAAAGGCAGCCAAGGCCAUGAACACGGCAGCCAUGGCGGUUGAUGAGUACCAGAAGGAUGGGCCUGUUGUUCCUGGAACCAACAAGUACACCAGAGAGGGGGCGAACCCGGUCCUCAACCUCAACAUUGAUGCGUCCACAGACCUGGGCUUUGAUGAGGAGGCGUCUAGUGCAGACAGAGAGAGCCUCAAUUCUCUGGAUGACAACAUGGACAUGAAUACAGCUGACAAGGACACAAUGCCAAUGAUGGCCAUUGAGGAAGAAGAAGAGGAAAAUGACGGCGACCAUUCGUACAUCGAACCGCUGGGUGCAGCCUUGGCUCAGAGAGGGAAGAAGAAGGGCAAAGCCUCAGAGAGUCCCAGCAUCACCUUCUCCAACCCUGCAUUUGACGCCACCACAGACCUAUAACAUUCCAACUGUUCUAUCACUCAGGUCUGGGCUGAUACUGGAAACACCACCACUCACUUAAGCACAAGUCGUACGGUUUUACGGCUACACAGAACAGUGCACAGUCACCUCAUGUGGCAAAACAUGCCGUGUUUUUUUGUUUUUUUUUAUGUUUCGGGAGGUUAUUUGACUAGAAAAUAAAAAUUUCUCUAUUGAGCAAAUUUCAGCAAAUUUCAUAACGAUAAGAAGCAUUAAUUUAUGUUGAUAUUAAACAGUUUACAGAGAAAUUAUCAUCCCUGUUUCUUUAUAUUUGUACUGUAAUUCAUUUUAUUAUAUUUCACAAUUAUAAUUUUACUUGGCUACACAUUUUUAUAUACAGUAUAUAUUUCGAUUGAUGUAUUUUUUCCUAUUAUAUUUUCUGCUGUAACUUGUGAAGUUAUUCUAAUCCUUAUUGGAAAUAAAUAUUUAUACCACAGUGCUGCUGAUUCCACAAAUCUGAUUGGUCAGAAGGCAUUGGUUAGUUUUCCAUAACAGCAGCUCUGACAGUAGUACCGCUGCUUGAACUUGACCUUAGACAUUUCUAUAUUUCCACCACUCAUCCACAGGGACUUUUAUGAGGGACAGAAUACAAUAAUACCAGAAUUUUUAAAAACUUUUUUUGUUGAAAUGUUGACUGAGACACUUUGCUAAACUUUCAUAGAAGGGGCACAUAGUUUUUCACCAUGGCAAAGACUUCAGAUGGAAGGUCGUGUUUUUUUUUUGUUUUUUUUUUGGAUGAUGGUUCAUGACAAUAUUUAUUUUGUCUUUUCAAUUUCAAGAGAGAAGAAAUAAUGGCUGGUAUGACAUGUAAUGACUGUUUAUAGCUGCUAAGAGGAAAUAACUUGUUUCAUGGACAUUCCAAAACAUUAAAUACAUUAUUCAUAUUAAAUUAUUAAAUGUACAAUGUGAAAUUCUUUGACCAAAUAAAAUUUGUGAAUCUU